UGCUGGCAGGUUGACAAAUCUUUCUGCACUGGGGCGACGGGUUAUUUUCCGGGGAACCGAAUCUCACACACCAGGGCGUUCAGUCGCUACCUGUGCAGACAGGACGCUGUUAAGCGACUCUCACACGUGAUGCUGUGACGCUGACGGAGAGGCUGGGAUCAUCCUGUCGUCUGUCAGUCUGUGAGGUCAGCUUCCAUCCUCCAUCUCCGGCGGGUUUGUGCAGACUUUGGAACCAUGCGGGGGCCAGCUGAUGCUGCGGUGGUUUUCUUGGUGCUGACCGCCUGCCUGUGCGGCGGACCGCAUCUGUGCGCCGCGGCCAGAAGCCAGCCGCUCAACGAGCGACCCAUCAUCGGUGUGUUAGCGCAAGAAAACCUGGCUGAUGACCAUUUUGCUCGCGGUUCUUCUUACAUUGCUGCCUCCUACAUCAAAUACCUGGAGAGUGCUGGAGCCAGAGUUGUACCCAUCAGGAUCAAUCUAACAGAAGAAGAAUAUAUUAAGAUAUUCAACUCAAUAAAUGGGUUGCUGCUGCCAGGGGGAGACGUAGACAUUCAGACAUCCCAGUUCAGUCGAGCUGCUAGGAUCUUUUACAACUUGGCUCUGAAGGCCAAUGAUGCAGGGGAUUACUUCCCUCUCUGGGGAACAUGCCAGGGCUUCCAGCAACUCUCCGUCCUCACGGCCAGAAAAAACCUGCUCACUCUCACCAAAACCAAGGCUGUGGCAUUGCCUCUUGUUUUCUCGCCAGCGGCCCAGUCCAGUCGCUUGUUCAGGAAUUUUCCCAAGGAUGUGCUGCAGUCUCUGGUUAAUGAAAACAUCACUUCCAACUUCCACAGCUGGAGUCUUUCCAUGCAGAACUACAGCCGAAAUGCCAAACUGAAGAGGUUCUAUAGAGUCCUGUCCACCAACAGCGAUGGAGAGAAAGAAUUCAUCUCCACUAUGGAAGCUUAUCGUUACCCGUUCUACGCGGUGCAGUGGCAUCCAGAAAAGAGUCCUUUUGAGUGGAUCGAUAAACCAGGGAUGGUUCACACUGUCUCUGCUUUAAGAGCCAGCUUCUACACUGGAAGCUUCUUUGUCUCUGAAGCCAUGAAGAGCCAGCACCGCUUCUCCAAUCCUGUUGAAGAAGACAGAGCUCUUAUUUACAACUUCUCUCCUGUCUACAGAGGAUCUAAUGCAAUCUUUGUCCAGAACUAUUACUUUGAUUGAUGAACAAUAAUAAGGAAGGAAAGAUUGUGGGAUAAGUGAGAAUUAACAUGUUUCCAAAAUCACUUUAAAUAGCCUGACACAUAAAUAAAGGAAAGUUUACCAGAAUAGUUUUAUAUUGAAGAAAAAAUAAAACAAAAUGAUAAAGUGAAGAAAAGCUGUACACUCCUAAUAUGCAAAUGUGAAAAACGCAAGCUUUUGAUCUUAUAUAUACAUUGCCAGGAGAAAGCAUUUAGGGUGAAGUCAGUUUGGAGAAUCAGUCAACAGCUCUCAUGGGGGAGUCAAGCUAACUGCUACUCCUGUUGGUCAAUUUGGCACUAAUCUUUUAAAUAAGUAAGAUAUUUACUUCAAAAUGAACCUAAAUCAUUCUCAGUGUUCUCCCAGGAUGGGUGAACACCAUCGGUCCUCUUCAUCAACACGUCUUUGUCAAGUUUUUCUCCUUUCAAACUUAGAGGUAUGGUCCGGAACUACUUUGGUUCAGUGUGUAGCCUGUGCUUACUUCCUGGUAACUCAGCCAAUCAUCAGCCAGCUUUGAGGGUACAUUUCAUAUUUGAGCUUUAAAUGACCAGCAAAUAUGGUUAAUAAUAAACAUAGAAAAGGUAUUAAUUAUUACUUAAUUUCUUAGCACCAAUGUAUUCCCCUGUAGUCAGACGUCAAGGUAACAUUUAAAACCUAAAAUAUUUUGCUUAAAAUAAAGCAAUUUUGUAUGCAAUAUGUGUAAGAAUGUAGGACAGAAUGAAAUGUAAGAGAUUAUUUAAUUACAUCUUUCAGAGUGGAUUUUGAGUUUAUUUAUUAUUAUUAUUAUUUUUCAAAGAUUUGUUUUUUAAGAAGCUUUCAGUCAGUUUCAGGUUCAGUCAGUGGGAAAGAUGUAAUUUUUGUAGUGAAAACCUGCCAAAGAAGCAAAAUAAAAAAUGGGUGUUUAACAUUGUUGG